GAAGCGGCGGCGGCGGCCCCACAACGUCCCGAGUCCACGUCCACAGCGGUGCGCCGUGAGACAGGUCGCGCGGUCCGGUGUCCGCGCGCGUCCGGUGUAGUCUACGGCCGCGUGUUGUUUGAAUAACGCGGGCGGCGCGUGCGAUGCGAUCCCGAUCGCGGGUUACCGGCGGCACGACGACCACGACGAUUGCACUUGCACCGGCACCUGACGGCGACGGCGACGGCGGUGACGACGACGACGACGACGACUGUGACCACCACCACGACUACGACCGCGGCAGCUGCUGUCGCGACGGACCGCGUUAUCGCAUCAUUGUUCAACGUCCCGCCGACGACGCACCUCCGCCGACGGGACGCCGCCGACCAGACGACCGUCAAGUCCGACGACAGACAUCAUGGCCGAGGCGACGACGAGUCGCUGAACGACGGACGACGGACGAGACCGCGGUACGCUCGCGGACACACGAGACCUGUAUCAUUAUACGAAUACUAAGCAAUAAUGAGCCUAAAAAAGAAACCCAAAGAAGACGACCACGAAGCAUUGGCCGGAGAAGAAGAAGCUGUCACAGAAAGUCAAAACUAUGUACUCGUUCCUCCGGAUGGUGGAUGGGGCUGGCUAGUACUUCUGGGAAGCACAUUGGUCAAUAUGUUAAUUCCAGGCACCCUUAAAUCAUUUGGAGUGCUAUUCGUAGAGUUCACCGAAGCAUUUCAUGCAUCAGAGAUCGCAGCCUCAUGGAUACCUGCCAUCUGCUAUUUUCUCUAUUGUUCUUUAGGUCCUGUUUCGAGUUACCUGUCAUCAAUAUACUCAUAUCGUACAGUAACGCUUAUUGGAGGCACUUUAGCUUCUUUGGGAUUGAUGCUCUGUUAUUUCGCCGACUCCAUCACAUUUCUGUACUUCAGUUACGGAAUGAUGUUCGGCUGCGGUGCGGGUCUGGCGUUCCCUCCCGGCAUAUUCAUCGUGACAUCGUACUUCGUCAAGUACCGCGGGUUCGCCAACGGAGUGGCUAUAUCUGGCAGCUGCUUGGGUUCCAUGUUCCUGCCGCCGUUUCUGGGAUACCUGAUCGACAACUACGGUUACAAGGAUGUGGUGCUGAUACUCGGAGCCCUUACGCUCAACGUGUGGGUGGGCGCGAUGCUGUACCAUCCGGUCGAGCAACACAUGGUCAAGCGGUACGUGGACGAGUGCGAGUGCGGGGACGACGGGCUGGACAGCGGGGGCGAAGCGGACGCGGCGGCUGCGGCGGCGUCGUCGGUUUCCCUGGCCGUGGCCGCGGCGGCGGCGAACUCGGUGACGGCGGGCAAAAGCUUGACGGAACUACACCGGUGUAGCGGCGACGACGACGACGACGACGGGCGGCACCUGGAGACGGUGUCGUUGCUGGCGCAGAACCUCAACGGUUACGUGAUCGUCAACGAGCUGAACGCGUCCAGCGUCAAAGUGCCGACGGACGACCGGUACCUGCUGGCCGGCGGCGGCGUGGCGGUCAUCGCGGCGGUCAACAGCAAGUCGGCCAACUGCGGCGGCGGCGGUACCGAUUCGCUCAAGUCGUUGCAGGCGUUCAGCAGCUGCGGCCUGUUGCGGACCACCAGCGGCGGGGCCACCGACCACAUGCAGCUGCAGCACCACAACUUGCACUACCAGCACCAACACUGCAACCUGCAGGCGCCGGCGUUCAGGGGCGGCGCGAACGGUUCGUCGUCGCUGUCGUCGCUGCGGUACGUCAGCACGCCGUUCCACGGCAGCACAUUGGUCAGCCUGUACGAGGACUCGCAGCCCAAAAAGAAGCAGCAACAGCAACGGCGGCGGCGGCGGCGGCGGAGCAACAACAAGCGGAACAACAACAAGUCCGGCGGCGGCGGUAAGCGGCACGAGCGGUCGCCGUCGGUGUCGUCCGCGAGAACGGAACGGGACGGCGGCGGCGGCGAACGGACGUCGUUCCGCCGCCGCAAGACCGUGGCCGGCGCGUUGCAGCUGCUCUCCGACCCGCUGUUCAUCGUCAUACUCGUGUCGAACGCCACCACGGCCAUCGGGUACACCAACUCGGCCAUCCUGCUGCCGUCGUACGCCAUCAGCAUCGGCCACGACAAGAGCAGCUCGCAGUAUCUGCUGUCCGUGGUGGCCGUGCUCGACCUGGUCGGCCGGGUGGGCGGCAGCACGCUGUCCGACUGGAUCCGGCUGGACAAGCGGUACUACUACCUGGGCGGGCUCGUCCUGUCCGGCGUCUCGCUGUUCGCGCUGCCGUUCGCCGACGACUACCCGACCAUGUGUUGCGCGUGCGCCGCUUUCGGGCUCGGUUCCGGCGUCGUGGUCGGCAUCACGGCCGUCAUAAUGGUCGACAUGCUGGGCGAGGAGCGGCUGUCGUCGUCGUACGGCAUAUCGCUGUUCUGCAACGGUCUCGUGCAGCUCAUCGGGCCGCCCGUGGCCGGUUACAUAUUCGAGACGAUCGGCUCGUACCGGCCGGUGUUCCACGGCAUGGGCGUCAUACUGCUGUUCGGCGCCUCCACGUGGCUGGUGACUCCGUUCCUCAAGAAGAACCAUCAUCGCCACUGACCGGUGUCGAGGUCGCCACUCACGUUCUCUACGAUAAUAUAAUAUUACUUAUAUACACUUAUAUACUUAGGUACACACACACACCACACACACACACACACACCACACACACACACACACACACACUGACAAACCAUAAUACACACUUAAUAUUAUAUAUAAUGUUAACAAAUAUACAAAUACACGAUUCUAAUAUUCUAAUAAUAUAAGCAUGAUAACAUACGACAAUUAUGUAUACAUAAUAUUUGCAAUAGCCGACGCGUAGGCAUAUACAUUACACACGAGGUUAGUGUAAUUUAUAGUUAUUAUUAUACUCAGUGGCUUAAUUUGGAUGUCGUAAAAGUACGACGAAAACCAAAAGUAUUCGAGAUUAUAUAGGUGCUACGUCGUUGUAUGCAUUAAAAUAGUAUGUAAAUACUUUUAUAUUUUCAAUAUUACGAUGAUAAGAUGGUUAUCGUCACAGUUGUUAACGCAUGUCAAUUAUAACCAUAAUUACAGGUUUCGUUUGAAUGUUUGUUCAUCAGUAUUGUGUGGGACAUAUUUUCAAAAAAAGUGAUCAACUCUUUUACAACGUUUUCAUCGAUCAGAGGUAAAAAUAUAUAGGCCCUCGAUGGAUGGUAGAAGUACAAUAUUGAAAAUCCAUUAAAACAAGACAAAUUUUACAGCACUAAAAAUGUGAAUCGAACAUUAUGCCACUGAUUUACUUGUAGGUACAUGCAAUAUAAUAUUACAAUAUUUUAUUAAUUACUCGUACCUCGUUUAACUAUAAUAUCAUUUAAUAUGUCACAGAGAUAAUUCUGUUGUAUAGAAGCAUUUUUAAUUUUACUCUCUUCUUAUUCUUCCUGGACCAGCGUGUUAAAUUAUUUCAAGUAAACCCCAGAAUCCAUGGCUCACAGAUAUGAUGCGAUGAAGAUCAACCGAUUGCCAAAAAUUACGGGAAUUAACUGAUUUUAACUUGUGCAGUGUAAUGUAAUAUAUUAUUUCGUUGUACGUUUCUUUACGAUAUCGAUGAUUACUAGAAUGAUGUUAUAGUAUAGUUAUAUAUAGUUUUCCAAAAGUUACAUAUCCAAGGCGAGUUAUAACCUUAUGUCGGUGGUGGCUUGAAAAAACGCCAUUGAUAUAAAUCUUAACUCGUAAACAACUGUUUAUCAUAUAUAAUUAAAUAUUCUUAUUACCGAUUUCUAAACCGAUUGGUUGACCAUCAAUCAUCACUAUAUUUAUUAUGAUCACUGACGAUAUAGAAAAUUCUAUCAGUAUGCGCGUUUUUCAUUGUAUUUUUUUCCACUAUAUAUCAUUUAGGUGACCGUCAAUUCCGUAAAUUCACGUACGCCAAAGCAGGUAUCCGUACGUCGUACGAAAAUAAUGUUCACCUAUAGGUAAUCAAGAGGCGUGCAAUUACGUGCCGAACAAAAUUUUUAUACUAGAGGUAAAACAAAGACUAAAGACAUCAAAGAAACAAAAUCGUUAAAUAUUUUUUGUAUUUUUAAAUUUAUUAUCACACACCUACCCGUUUUAGACAUGAGACCUAACCCCUCAAAGGAUGUCACUGCCUGCGCAAUACUUAUAUCGACACGAGCGUGUACAUACCAUAUCGCUAUCUUAUAAAUAGUUCCUCGUUUGUACGUAGAUAAUAUAAUAUAUUAUCAUGAAAUACUGAAUACAAUACGCGCAAUUAAAUGUCGACGGUGCUAUCCAUUGGCAAACCAUAUUUGUUUCGAUUCUUACAGAUUCUUCCGACUUCCGACGUCACAUUUUAUUCAUUAUUAUUGUUGUUUCGUGCAGAUAGCCUAUUAUAUCUGUAGUGACGCGUGUUAAUAUCAAAUCUGUUUUAGCUCAUAUGUUAUAAUAUGUUUUUAAGUAUAUAAUUUAUACUUUAUUUCGAUGUAUUUAUUAUUUUUUUACACGUAUAAACUCUCUUCUCCUAUUCUCGUGCUCAUGAUUCUCGUAUUUAUACGAGUCUCGACGGCCAUUCCAUUCACCCGUUUGAGAUACACGACGUCAAUAUUAUUCUAUAUUUUGUUGGAACCAAAAUGACGAAUUUAAAACAAAGAAAAUAUAAUGUCUAAUUAUUUUGUCUGUUCGUACCUGGUGUUUAUUACGAAUCUUCCGUGUCGGUUAUUAUAUAAGUAUAUAACAUAAUAUUAUGUUGUUGUUGAAUUAGUGGUUACGUUGUUUUUUGAUUUUUUUAUCAAGAAUUUAUAUAUUUAAAUGUUCUACUAAGUAUAGUUUAUUCCUUGGAACUGAUAGAUACCGUACGUCCGUACAUAGUUAAAAUGAUAUAACGUUAAAUAAUGUUAAACGAGUUUUAUUUACAACACCACUAUUAUACUAUAAUGGUAAAAUUGAUGAUAUAUAUAUUAUUACAGCCAAUGAAAUAUGAGAAAUGUACUUUUCGUUUCGAAUAUUUCUAUUAAAAUAUUGUAAUAAUAUUAGUGUAUAGUGUUAAUAAUAAUAAACUUUAUAAUAAUUCAUAGAUCAUUAUUUUAGUGUAUAUAGUCAUUUAUUUUAAUUUAUUAUAUACUUGUAUAGAAAAUAUAUAAAUCAAUGUUAUUCAAUUAAAAUAUUAUAUAAAUAAAUAAAUACAUUUAUAAUGUA